AUGCUCUUCGCUACUCUCCUCACCGUUGCGUGCGCCGCAGCCCUUCCCCUCAAUUUCCAGGGUAACGACGCCGCUGCCGCCCUUCCUCGUGCCGUCCUCGGCGAGGUCACCAUCAACCGCGCCGUUGGUUCCAACGUCAUGCAGAGCAGCCACCACGGCAAGCGUCAAGACACCCCUCCCAGCCCCGACGAGGUUCUCCAGACCUACCCUUCCUUCAAGUUCGGCCUGCCGCCCUUCCAGCAGCAGGCCCUCUUGGACCUCCUGCGUGCCAUGAGCCAGGUCAGAUAUGACAGCGCUGCCGCUACAGCUGAGGCCCGCAUGCGCUUCUGCUCCCGCGCCUUCCCCGCCGGCGACACUCUCGACAAGCGCCAGGAUCCCAUCAAGCCGCCCGAGGCUGCUCUCAUUGAUCUCAACCUUCCCGAGCUUGUCCCUGCCUCGCCUGGUGUGCAGCCUGUGAUCCCCGACCGCCCCGGUUCCGGCCCUCCCACCCCUCAGGUGGACGUCAGCGUGCCCGUCGACAAGAUCAUCGAGGACACCCGCAACAGGAUGAAGGAGGCGCUCGAGAGGCUUCACUCUGGCAACUCGAUCAAUGACGCGUACAAGUACAUGCAGGAGAUUGCCGACGCGAUGGCCAAGCUCUCUGCACUCGCGGUCCUCCAGGCUUCUGCUCACAUGAAGGUCAGCUCCCCCGCCCCCGAGGAGGUGUAG